GCGGUGGGACCAGGAAGAAAAGAAAAGCACGUUAGCCAUGUCAUUGGAAGCUCAUUAUGGCUGAAUUUCUGUAAUUUAGCGUUAAAUGUGUUUCUUUGUGUUUUGCUGCACUUCAAAGAAACAUGGCGUGUUUCUUCAGGAGGAAAAUUGCAGCGAAGCUGGGUAGGACAUUGCAGGCGCCGGAGGAUGUCUUCAUACCAGUCCUGUCAGCAGUUCCAGUUUUUAAGAAACAGAAGUCUGCUGACUUUAGACUAUCAAUCAACACAUUAAGAGACAAAGGCAUUUUGCCAUCCAGUGGAGACGUUCAGUUGCAGACAGAAAACUUAGCUUCCCAGUUGAAGCAGGACAACGUGGUGGAGCAAAUAUCUGUUGAGCGUGGAAUGAUCAACUUUACAAUUCAUCGCAAGCUUCUUGUCCAGAAAAUGUUGGAGCCGUUUGAAAAACAGGAGGAUGUGAAAUUUGGGUUAAAUAGUGAACUUUUGAAUCAACUCAAAAAAGGAACAACCUUAGUGGAAUACAGUUCUCCAAAUAUUGCCAAAAAAUUCCACGCUGGACACUUGCGGUCGACAAUUAUUGGUAACUUCAUUGCCAACCUAAAGCAAUUCCUUGGAAACAAUGUGAUCCGAAUGAACUACCUUGGAGACUGGGGUAUGCAGUUUGGUUUGCUAGGAGCUGGUUUUGGCCAGUUUGGAUGUCAGGAAAAAUUAAAACAGAAUCCAUUACAGCAUUUGUUUGAGGUGAGUUUGUACAUGUGUGAACCACCAUCUUACAAAUCAGCAUUUUUUUUGUGUGUCAUUAAAAUGUUAAGUGUCUUCCAGGUUUACGUCCAAGUGAACAAGGAGGUGGAGCACAACGAGGAUAUGAAGCAGGCUGCCAGAGAUUUCUUUAGACAGCUGGAGCAGCACGAGAGCCAGGCCUUGUCGUUAUGGCAACAGUUCAGAGACAUCACAGUGCAGGAGUAUCAACACAUUUAUAAGCGGUUAGGCAUCCACUUUGAUGUUUACUCCGGGGAGUCUGAGCACCAACGUCAAGCUCUAGAAGUGGUGCAGCAGCUGCAGAGCCAAAGCCUGCUGAAAACCUCAGAGAAAGGAACUGGUGUAGUGGAUCUUUCCUCUGAGGGCGACAUGAGCAGCGUCUGUACGUUGCUCCGCAGCGACGGCACAUCGCUCUACAUCACCAGAGAUCUCGCCGCAGCCGCUGCCCGGAAACAGCAGUACCAGUUUGAUGAGAUGAUUUAUGUGACCGAUAAAAGUCAAGCCAACCACUUCCAGCAGUUGUUCCAGAUCCUGCUGGCUAUGGGACAUUCUUGGGCCCAAAGCUGUCAGCAUGUGCCCUUUGGCCUGGUGCAGGGCAUGAAGACACGGACCGGCGAGGUGGUUUUUUUGGAGGACGUGCUGGAUGAAGCGCGGGCCAGGAUGUUGAACAACAUGAGCCAGACAAAAACCACAAAGGAAAUGGACGAUCCAGAACACACAGCCGAGAAAGUGGGAAUUAGUGCGCUAAUAAUUCAGGAUUUCAAAGGUCCACUGCAGUCAGACUAUAAGUUUGACUGGGACAGGAUGCUGCAGGCUCAGGGAGACACGGGCGUCUUUCUUCAGUACACACACGCUCGCCUCCGCAGUUUAAUACGGAUGAAUUGUCAAAUAGAUGCAGCUGCGUUUGAUGCGUCUCUUCUACCUGAGCAGACGAGUAUCGUGAUCCUCCAGCAUCUCCUUCGCUAUGAUGAGGUGCUGUACCAGUCAGCCCUGGAUCUGCAACCCAAACACUUGGUCAACUUCUUAUUAAAGCUGUGUCACCUGAGCGCCAAGGCACACAGAGAGCUGCCAGUGAAAGGAAGUCCUCAUGAUGUCGCACAGGCGAGGUUGCGAUUGUUUGGCGCAUCCUGCUCAGUCCUGGCCAGCGGGAUGACGAUCCUCGGCAUCACCCCGGUGGAGAAAAUGUGAAGCUCUGUGAAAGUUUGUAACGCACUUACCAUGUCAUUUCACUGGUACAGGUAACCAAAUAACUGUACAUAACAGCCUGACGUUUUUAAAUAAAAAAUAAAAUAAUUAAAUUGAA